AUGAAUCGAGCAGCAUUCCAACUUCCAUUUACGCGAAGAUUCUGCUUCUAUUCUACGUCGGGGGCAAACAGACUUCUCUCUAAAGCAUCGAAUCAUGCAACAUGGGCUGCAAUGUCCAAACCAACCAGAGACUUGGCACAGAGCAUCACUGAGACAGGUCCGAUCCAACGAAGGGUGGCACUAAGUCGUGCAAUCACACUUAUGGAGUCAAAGAAUCUAGAGCAUAAACAGCAAGCCGACAAUUUGCUCACUUACUUGCUUGCGAAACGACCGAAAGAUCAAGAGCCAUCACUUCGAAUUGGCUUUGCAGGACCUCCAGGGACUGGAAAAUCAACGAUGAUUGAAGCCUUUGGAAUGCAUCUUCUUGAGAAAGAUCCCGACCUACGAUUGGCAGCCGUUUGCAUUGACCCAGCAUCUGGAAUUUCAGGUGGGAGCAUUCUCGGCGACAAGACCCGAAUGACGGAACUAUCGCGUCACAAUCGUGCCUAUGUUCGACCAUCAAGUAAUGCGGGAGUUCUUGGGGGGUUGGCUGCUUAUACGGAUGAUGUUGUCACAACUUUGAGUGCUGCAGGAUAUCCACUCAUUCUAUUGGAGACUGUAGGGCUUGGACAAUCCGAAAUAGAGGUAGCGCAAUCCGUCGAUAUUCUCAUUUUACUUUUGCCGCCAGGAGGAGGGGAUGAGCUGCAAGGCGUCAAAAAGGGCAUCGUUGAGCUCGCAAACAUAAUUGCUGUGACAAAAGCUGAUGGCAAUUUACUGGAAGCGGCAAAGAAGACAGCCUCCGACUAUAGAGGUGCCCUGCGUGUAUUACAGAUCAGUGGUAGCAAUACCGAAAACAUUUUCAAACCUCCAGUGAUUAUGACCAGCUCUGUGGCAAAAGACGGAUUGGACGACUUAUGGCAAUCAAUUCAAGACUACAAAGCGUUUUUGAUGGAAAAUGAUCGAUGGGAGAAAAUGCGUCAAAGGCAAUCAAAAUACUGGAUGUGGAAGCAAUUCACACGACUUAUGCAGCAGUAUAUGAAAUCAGACCCAGAACUAGGCGACAAAGCGCAACACCUAGAAAGCGAGCUACUGCAUGGUGACUUGACACCAAGAGUCGCUGCCCAGGAACUUUUGGAGGGCGUCUUUGGAUCCUUGAGAAAGAAAUAA